CUUAAACUUAAUUUGUUUAUACCAUUGUUUAUAGUUGCUUCAAAAAUGAACUUUCUUGUUGGUGGCGGCUCAGGAUUUAUAGGUCGGUCUCUAGUUUCAUCACUUAGAUCAACUGGACACAAAGUACGAGUUAUCUCACGCAAACCAAAGGACGUAAAUGAUCUGAGCUGGGAAUCUAUCAGGAAAAAUGGUCUACCAAAAGAUGUAGAUGUCAUUGUAAACUUGAGCGGUCGAAACAUUGGUGAAAUUAACCCAUCAUUUUUCAUUAAACAGAAUUAUCAGAAGUAUAUUGACGAAGUUUUUUCCAGUCGUUUAGAUACAACUAGGCUUCUUGUUGAUUUAUCUAAAUCUGCUCCAAUAAAGGCUUUCAUAAAUGCGUCAGCCAUAGGUUUCUAUCCUCCUGAUCCGAAAGCCACCUAUGAUGAAUCUACUCCAUUUAGGGACCAUGAUUGGAUCACCAGUCUUGUUAAGCAAUGGGAAGAUGCAGCUCAAAUACCUUCUAGACCCGAUAUUCGUCAAAUUCAAUUGCGGACAGGUAUAGUUCUUUCCAAAGACUCGAAUUUAAUCCGUUCUUUUCGCCUCAUUUAUCUUUUGGGGUUUUGUAAUCCGAUUGGUACUGGUCAUCAGUGGGUAUCUUGGAUUCAUCUACAUGAUAUGGUUAGAAUAAUUGAAUAUGUUGCUGACCCUAAACAAGUAUUUUCAAGCGGACCAGUCAAUUGUACAGCACCUGAACCUGUUUCUCAGGUUACUCUUGCUAAAGCUAUGUCUCAGUCACUUGGUGCUCCAUCUAAUUUCCUUUCUAAUAUUUCAACUCCACCGUUUAUUUUUACUUGUCUUCUUGGUCGUGAUCGUGCUACCUUGGUUUUAGAUGGUCAGCAUGUGAUUCCAAAGAAGCUUCUUAAUUCAGGAUUCGAGUUCACUUACCCUACUUUAGCAGAUGCUUUCGAAAACAUUUUUGGUCGUCGACCUCGUUUAUGAGUCACAUCUUAACUUCUUAUUGAACUAAGUGAUCUGUUAGUAAGAUAUAACUAACGAUUUUCUUCCUUUGCUAUCUGUUUUAUCAUGAUAGAUUUAUUUGUAUCGAAAUAUCUUUCUACUAUCUCUCAUAUUCAUGUAGUACCUUCUCAAUUCUAAAAUUAUGACUACUAAAUGUAAACCUUAUAUUAUGUUUUUGUUUUAACUACAUUAUUCACUAAUAAAUUAGAAAUUUUUUAGAACAGCUAGUCCUUACUGCUUGUAUAUAACUGAACAUAAUAAGAUGAGAUACAAUGAGUUCUUUCGUUUCCCUUAUGUUACAUGUGUAGAUCGGUUGGUAACGCCAAUAAAGUCUGUCUUGG